CUUCCUGCCCUUGCGCCCAUCCGGCUCCGGGGUCGCCGUCGCGCGGCCGCUUGGGCGGAACGGCCGACGGCAACUUUCUGCCGGGACGCUCUGAGGGAGCGCUUCCCUUCUCCCUCCUCCCCCCCGGCGGAGGCAGGGUCGGCGCGGGCUGCCCGUGAGAGAACUCGGCCGGCGCCCGCUGUCACCUGCCGCUGCCUUGGAGAGCCUCGGGCACACUCGGCGCCGUCCUUCGCCUCUCCUUCCGCGCGCACUGCCCGUCCCGUCCGAGAGGGAGAAAGAGCCGCCGAGCGGACCGCGCUUGAUGGGCUGAUCGCCGCCUUUCUCUUCUUCCUCCUCCUCCGGCUGGGCUGGCGGCUGCCCGUCUUUCCCGGAGCCUCGAAACAAGCUACUGAAUGUAGAAGGAAAGGAAGUCAUUGAUGUAGAAAAUGCCUCUUAGAGACAAGUACUGUCAGACUGACCAUCACCAUGGAUGCUGUGAACCGGUGCGUGUGCUGGAACCUGGAGAUCCACCUUUAUUACAACAGCCUUUUCAUACAUCAAAAUCUGGAAUCCAGCAAAUUAUUGAAUGUUUUCGAUCAGGAACUAAACAACUCAAGCAUAUUUUGCUAAAAGAUGUGGAUACCAUUUUUGAAUGCAAAUUCUGCCGCAGUCUCUUCAGAGGGCUACCAAAUUUAAUAACUCAUAAAAAAUACUAUUGUCCACCAAGUCUUCGGAUGGAUGACAACUCUCCUGAUAUAAAUGAUAAACAGAGUCAAGCCAUAACUGAUCUCCUAGAAGCUAUGUAUCCAAGAGUGAACAAGCAAGAUUAUAUAAUACGUUUGGAACCUAUAGAAACAAACCAGAAUGCUGUGUUUCAGUAUGUUUCUAAGGCAGAUAGCUCAGUGGAGAACACUGAUACAAACACUGUUCCUGACCAAGCUUCUGUAGAAACACCAGAACAUGCAGCAGAACCUCCUCCUAAACCAGCGUCAGAUGCUUCAGAAACAAAAGCCGAAGAGACUCCUCCGUUAGUUGUUGACAAGAUAAGGCCAACUCCAGAAGAACCUACCCCAGGCUCAAAACCUGAAUUAGAAUGUGAUAAUAAUUCUGAUUCUGGUCAUCAAUUAAUUUGUUGCCUGUGUAAAAAAGAAUUUCAUUCCAGACGCAGUGUACGCCGUCAUAUUAGGAAAGUCCACAAAAAAAAGAUGGAAGAACUAAAGAAAUUUAUUCAAAUUAAAAAACGGCCAAAUCAGACAUCUGGAAGGGGUCGCAAUAAGAAUGUUUUGGUAACUUUGGGUAAAAGUUGUCCUUUGUGCAUUAAAUCAUUUGCUACAAAAGCCAAUGUAAGAAGGCAUUUUGAUGAAGUUCACAGAGGACUGAGAAGGGACUCUAUAACUCCUGAUAUAGCUACAAAACCUGGACAGCCUUUAUCCUUGGAUAAAACCUCUGCAAAAACUGUUAAAACACAAAAACAAAAGCCUUCAAAAGCUGAGUACAAUUUAACUACUUGCAAAUGCCUCUUGUGUAAGAGGAAAUAUAGUUCCCAGGUAAUGCUUAAAAGGCAUAUGCAAAUUGUUCACAAGAUAACACUUUCCAUUAAGAAUCCUAAAAGAGAGAGAAAGCCCAAUGCAGAAGUGAAAGUAAAAAUCGAACCAACAGAAUCCGCAGAAUCUAUGCCUUCCAUCUGCAGUUCUUUGCAGAAUGAAGUAAAGGGAAUAAAUAAUUCAAAUGAAAGAAAAAAUACAUCAUCCACUGAAAGAAAGAAUGCAGUAUCCGGUGAAAAAAAGAAAACACCCGCUGAACGAAAAGGCGUGUCAUCUACUGGAAAAAAGAAUGUAACUCCAGCUAAAAAAAAUAAAGUUAAGCAGAGCUGUCAGAAAUCAAAGUCAAACAAUCAGUCUCAUGCAAGUGGUCUCAAAAAGCCCAGGAAGCCAAGGUUGUCAGUUGGCUUUGAUUUUAAAAAGCUUUACUGUAAACUCUGUAAACGCCAGUUUACUUCUAAACAAAACUUAACAAAGCACAUUGAGUUGCACACAGAUGGAAAUAAUAUUUAUGUUAAGUUCUAUAGGUGUCCUCUCUGCACUUACGAAACACGCCGAAAGCGUGAUGUGAUAAGACAUAUAACUGUAGUACAUAAAAAGUCUUCACGCUACCUUGGUAAGAUAACUGCAAGUUUAGAAAUCCGAGCAAUAAAAAAACCCAUUGACUGCAUUCUAAAAAAGGUGGAAAAAAGAGGCCCUCAGAGGGAUGAAGGUAAACAGAAUGGUUCAAAACAAGACAUUACCUCUAACUCUCCAAAUAAAAAAUAUGAAGGAACUGAUGUUGGCAUUGAAGUGAAAGUCACAAAAAACUUUUCUCUGCACAGAUGCAAUAAAUGUGGAAAAGCAUUUGCCAAAAAGAGUUUCUUAGAGCAUCACAAGAAAACUCAUAAAGCAAAUGUGACACAUUCACCUGAUGAAGACAACAAAACCAAAGGCAGAAGUACAAGAUCUAAAGCUCUUGUCUGUUGAAGGAUACUAGUGCCUUCUUAAAAUACAUGCCUAAAUUUUCCAUGGGUACUUAGGGCACAAUCACAUUUUUAAUAGAUCUAAUGCUUCAGAAGGUAAAAGACAUUCAUUAAAAAAAAGAGUUUAAAAGUGUUUUUUUCAUGACAGUGAACCUAAAGCAGUUUAAGUUAAUACAAGCAUGGUUCUUCAAAGUUUAAUAUUAUAUAUUAGUAUUUGCAUAAUAUUUAGUUAAUAGUUUUACAGUUCCAAAUGAUUUUUAAAAUUAGUUUUGCACUUCCUUGAUACUGACUGGGCUCAGCAAGCAUAUAUGAACUGAAGAUCUAUGGAUGUGAUGUUGCCUAAGUAUGUUGCUUUAAUACGUUAGAAAAUAUUUUUGGCAUAGAACUUGGAAAGUAUAUUUGUAUUUUAAAUUAAUGGUGUAUAACUCUUAAACUCAAGAGUUAAUACUUUUGUAUUUAAACCAUAAUUCCUUUUGUAUUAGGAGAAGAUCAUCACUCAAAAAAAAUCUUAUUUUAUUUGAGGAAUGUUUUUGGUACUUGGUUAUUUGUUUCUGGAAUUUUAACUUUUUUUACAGAAUUAAAUUGGACUGGAUAGGGGUACAGAUAGCCUGCUUUAUUUUAUGUAAUGAAAAUAUGUUAACAGUUCCAAAUUACCUUGCUUUAAUUGAAAAAUCUUGGAAAACCAGCCGUUAAGGAAGAACAGUGUUUUUAAAUUCCUGUGACAGAUAGAAGUUGUUUCAUUUUAAGAGAUAAGUGAGUGUAUUUCAGUAAACAGAUGGAAAGGCUCCUUUCAUUUAAGGUAAUUUCAUAA